CCGAUAAGCUUGCGCGACGUUGCCUGGAUUGCAACUUGACUAUGGACUCAUCCUUCUCAACACCAUGAAUUUUGCCCCUUACCAGGACGAAUCGCCAGAGGUGGAACGUGCAUUCUCCCCCUCGCUGGGCGAGGCGCAUCGCACGAGACCUCCCAAUAUCCAGUCCCCGCGCGGCUCUCCAGCCCCUGGUCUUGCUUCCCCCGGCCUGCCAUCCCCGAGUCACUUUGCCGGUGGUGCUGGUGCUGGUGCAGGCAACGUCAACAACGCCAGCGGCCAUGGAAACACUGGCUUCGGAAACGACCUCGAGGGCGGCCGGUUGAGCCUCGGCGCCUUCGACACCAGUCUCCCCAUCCGCAUGGACGUCGAAGCAAUGCUGGCAUAUCUGCUUCUGCCUCCCGCCGGUGGUGUUUUUCUCCUUUUGGUGGAGCACAAGAGCGACUACGUACGGUUCCAUGCAUGGCAAUCGAGCAUGCUCUUCACCGCCAUGUUUAUCAUUCACCUUAUCUGCUCCGGAUCAAGCUUUCUAUCCUGGCUGUUGUUCGUCGGCGAUCUUGCGAUGAUCGGUUUCUUGAGCAUGCGUGCUUAUCGCGAUGUUGAUACGCUCGAUCACUUUGAGGUCCCUAUCUUUGGCCGCCUGGCGAACUCCUUUGUCGAUGACGAAUGAUACCAAACCUAAUCUUAGUUUGUGGUGAACCCUUCAAGAGGUGUCCAUUCAAUGCCCUCUGGAUUGGAAGUCGGGUGUCGGACCUGUAUUUCCCUCUCAAUUCUAUUAUUUCAUCUCUUGGGAGGCUUCAGAUGGAGUAAAGCUCGUCGUGCCUUGUACAGUGUCGGGUCGAGAACAUAAUACAUAACUACGUUCCAGCGCGCAUAAACCUUAGCUUUCCAGUUUUACAUGUGUAUGCUGUAUAUGUUUGUUCCAUACGUUCAUCCUGUCAGGUAUAUAGUUGGCUGGGUUGAUUUCACUCCUCGAUACUUUCCUGAGCAGGCAGGAAAAUCAUAUUUCGGCCUUUCCCUAGCCCG